AUGGAUGAUGCUGAGAGCCACACUUUCUCAAGUAAUCCCAAGCUUCGGCAACUUUCUUCCAUGGAAGAACUAGAACAAGCCCAAGCUUUUGUCACCAAAGCCGGCCUCUACACCCACCCCUAUGCGCUCGCAAAUCUCAUCGCUUUCUCGGCCCUGUCGCCACUAGGAAGCCUCGCGCAUGCGCAAGCCAUGUUCGAAGAAACUACGAAGGACAACUCUUUUAUUUGUAAUACCAUGAUUAGAGCUUACGCUAAAAGCGUUUUUCCCAUUAAAGCUAUUCACAUUUACAACCAUAUGUUACGCAUGAAUGGUAAAUCUGAUCAUUUUACUUAUACUUUUGUACUAAAGGCGUGUGCUAGAGCUUCGAGGUCCGUGGAAGAAGGUGGAUCAUGCGAUCGCUUUGGUAUUGCUCGUAAGGGAGCUGAGAUUCAUUGCAGGUUUUUGAAGUUGGGGUUUGAUUGUGAUGGUUGUAUUCAGACCUCGCUUAUUUUUAUGUAUUCUCAGUGUGGGUUUGUACGCCUCGCUCGUCUAGCGUUCGAUAAAAUGACUGAAAAAAGUGUCGCAUCGUGGAAUAUCAUGCUAACGGCCUAUGAUCAAAUUAAUGAUUUCGAAGCGGCGGAUGCUCUACUCGAGUUGAUGCCUCAGAAAAAUGUGGCUUCCUGGAACACUUUAAUCGCAAGGCAUGUUAGGUCCAGUAACAUUGAAGCUGCUAGAAAGGUGUUUCAAGAGAUGUCUGAAAGGGAUGCGGUCUCUUGGAAUUCCAUGAUUGCUUGCCAUGUUCAGAGUAAGGAUUAUGCUGGAGCAUUGACACUCUUCUGUGAAAUGCAAACUGCUAAGGUGGAGGCAACAGAAGUAACGCUUAUAUCCGUUCUGGGUGCUUGUGCCAAGAUGGGUGCAUUGGAGAUGGGUAGGAAGAUCCACGAGUCCUUGAAAGAGAAGAGAUACAACAUUGAAGGGUACUUGGGUAAUGCACUUGUAGAUAUGUAUGCUAAAUCUGGGAAUUUGAGUCUGGCAUGGAAAGUAUUCAAUGAGCUGAAAAUGAAACCGAUUAGUUGUUGGAAUGCAAUGAUUAUGGGUUUGGCCGUCCAUGGUCAUUGUGAGGAAGCUUUAGAAUUGUUUGCUGACAUGGAGUUAAGGCUAGACGAGAUCAGGCCUAAUCGGGUAACUUUCAUUGGUGUUCUAAUUGCUUGUAGCCAUCAGGGAUUGGUGGCAGAAGGGCGUCAAUUCUUUAAGCGCAUGAUGAAUGAGUACAAGAUCAUGCCUGAUAUAAAGCAUUAUGGUUGCAUGGUCGAUCUUCUUAGUAGAUGGGGAUUGCUAUAUGAUGCUUGCCAGAUGAUCAAAACAAUGCCUUUGCCCUCGACUGCUGUGUUGUGGAGGACAUUGUUGGGUGCGUGUAGGGUUCACAGGAACGCAGAUUUGGCCGAGGAAUCCUUCCAAGAGCUUGCCAAGUUGGAAGCUCUUACUGAUGGAGAUUAUGUUUUGUUAUCGAACAUUUAUGCUGAAUCUGAGAGAUGGGAUAACGUUGAGCGCCUGCGGAAUGAAAUGAUUGGUGUUGGAGUACUGAAGAAACUUGGCUCCAGCAAUAUAGAGAAGAGAUGAUAAAAGGAAUUAUCUUUGAAGUUCAUCAUUGAUCUUGUGGCUUCAUAUUCACAAUUGUUUUGUCCAAACAUCUAAAGAACUUGAACUGAGAAAAUCAUGUAAUGUAUUCAGCCAUGAAUUUCCACCAUAUAAAAAUCAAGAACAUAUUUCCCUACCCA